AUGGGCUUUCUCUGGUUUUUAAGGGAUAUGUCAAUGAGCGGGGAUAGACCGGAAGCGGUAAUUGUCUACAUGGGAAUCUCCAAGAAAACUUCACCAGAAUUUUUUAAAGUAUACCAAUCUAAACGUGAUCAUAUGCUAAGUGUCAACAUGACUUACGUACCUUAUGAACCGUCGCAUUAUGCGGGUGUGUUCUUUGCGAAAAAGAUGUGA